CAGCAGCCAGACGGUGACUGAAUAUGUGGUCCGGGUUCCCAAGAACACCUCCAAAAAGUAUAGCAUCAUGGCCUUCAAUGCUGCAGACAAAGUCAACUUUGCCACCUGGCACCAGGCCAAGAUGGAGCGAGAUCUGAGCAAUAAGAAGAUCUAUCAAGAGGAGGAGAUGCCGGAGUCGGGAGCUGGCAGUGAGUUCAACCGCAGGCUGCGGGAGGAGGCUCGGCGCAAGAAGUACGGCAUCGUCCUGAAAGAGUUCAAGCCGGAAGACCAGCCCUGGAUUUUGAAAGUCAAUGGCAAAGCCGGCCGCAAGUUCAAGGGGGUGAAGAAAGGCGGCGUGACAGAAAACACCUCCUACUACAUCUUCACCCAGUGUGCCGACGGCGCUUUUGAAGCCUUCCCGGUCAACAACUGGUACAACUUCACACCCAUCGCCAAGCACCGCACGCUGACAGCGGAGGAGGCGGAGGAGGAAUGGGAACGGCGGAACAAAGUCCUGAACCACUUCACCAUCAUGCAGCAGCGACGGCUGAAGGACCAGGGCGACGAGGAGGAAGAGGAGAAGGAGAAGAAGACCAAGAAGAAAGGCAGUGAACUCCGGAUCCAUGACCUGGAGGACGAGCUGGAGAUGAGCACUGACGAAAGCGAGCUGAGCGACGCUGAGGGCGAGAAGCCCGCCAAGCCCAAGAAGACGGCGCCGCAGGGCAAGAAGAAGAAAAAGAAGAAAGGCUCGGACGACGAGGCCUUUGAAGACAGCGACGAUGGGGAUUUCGAAGGCCAGGAGGUGGACUACAUGUCGGACGGGUCAAGUAGCUCAAUGGAGGACGUGGGAGGCAAACCCCAAGUGGCCAAAGAGGAGGACGUCAAAGGUAUAGACGAAGCGAGCGAAAGCAGCGAGGAGAGUGAAGAGGAGAAGCCCGCGGAGGAGAAGGAAGAAGAAGAGGAGGAGAAGAAGGUCCCCACUCCGCAGGACAAGAAGAAAAAGAAAGACACGAGCGACGAGUCAGAAACGUCAGAAGACAGCGACAUCGAGAGCGAGGCGUCUUCGGCACUCUUCAUGACGAAGAAGAAGACUCCUCCGAAGAAGGAGCGGAAGGGCUCAGCCAGCAGCUCCCAGGGCAACAGCCGUCCGGGGACGCCCUUGGUGGACGCCGGCAUCACCUCUUCGACCCUGCGGGCGGCAGCCAACAAACUGGAGCAAGGCAAACGGCAAGCAGGAUCCGGGGAGCUCCCUGCGGCCAAGAGGCUGAAGCUGGAGGCCGGGGCCUCUGGGAAAUCGACCCCCCAGCCACAGUCGGGCAAGUCCACGCCCAGCAGCGGGGACGUGUCGUUGACGGAGGACGCCGUGCGCCGGUACCUGACCCGGAAGCCCAUGACCACCAAGGACCUGCUGAAGAAGUUCCAGACCAAGAAGACGGGGCUGAGCAGUGAGCAGACCGUCAAUGUGCUGGCCCAGAUCCUCAAGCGCCUCAACCCCGACCGCAAGAACAUCAACGACAAGAUGCACUUCUACCUGAAGGAGUGAGGAU